CAGCUGCCCCCCACCCCUGCCUUGGUGCCAUGCAGCUGCCACCCUUCGACAUGUGGACUGACUACUUCAACCUGAGUCAGGUGGUACUGGCACUGAUCCAGAAUCGGAGGCAAAGGGCAGAGGCCCACAGGAUGGGGGAACCAAGUCCCAGACCCCAGCAGGGGCAAGAUCAGGGACUGGGAGGCCCGGGGGCCAAUGGGGGCCUGGCCACCCUGUGCAACUUCUGCAAGCACAAUGGGGAGUCCCGCCACGUCUACUCCUCACACCAGCUGAAGACACCGGAGGGCGUGGUGGUGUGUCCCAUCCUGAGGCACUACGUAUGUCCUGUGUGCGGGGCCACUGGUGGCCAGGCCCAUACGCUCAAGUACUGUCCACUGAAUGGCGGCCAGCAGUCCCUCUACCGCCGCAGUGGGCGCAACUCGGCUGGACGCAAGGUCAAGCGCUGAGGACACUGAGGUGCCCACCACCCACACCCCUGACUCUCCUGGCUCAGUGCCUGCCAAGUCCCUAAACCCUCUCCUUGACUUGCCCAGCCCUUUGGAAUUUCUGGCUCCCAGAGCUUCCUCCUUGCUAGAUCAUGAGACAGUGAAAGCUGCUGGGAGCCAGGGCAGCCCUGCCCCUUGGACCCCUCAGCCCUUGGAGUCUGGCUUGUGGGUGUCCAUGGAUCCUUAGUGCAGCGGGAGCCCUGCCUCUACACCACACAGCCCUGUGGCACCCUUAGGGCCAUGGUUCAUGGAUCUUUAGUGCUUCCUGGGUCUGCUGGUGACACUAGCACUGCCCCUUUGACUUCUCUGUUCCUUGGAUCCUUGGACGUCUAGCACCCCACAAUGCUGUCCCAGGCCAGCCCUCAGAAUUUAGAGAUGCUGAGGAAAGCCGGCUCAGACCUGCUUACUAAAGAACUUCAAGAUGGGAUGGUGACUUGAAAACAGCCUUCGCCACCUUCUUCACCCACCUGCAGACCCACAGCAUCAUGAUGGACCAUACUGGUGCACCCCUUCCCUGCUCUCAGUACCCCCAACCAUGGGGGGAACAGAGGAGGGCCUCUUCAUUCCUAGGAUCCUUGGACCUCUGGGACCCCACGAUGCUAUCCCAGGCCAGCCCUCAGAAUUUAGAGAUGCUGAGCAAAGCCGGCUCAGACCUGCUUACUGAAGAACUUCAAGAUGGGAUGGUGACUUGAAAACAGCCUUCGCCACCUUCUUUACCAACCUGCAGACCCACAGCAUCAUCAUGGACCACACUGGUGAACCCCUUCCCUGCUCUCAGUAUCCCCAACCAUGGGGGGGCAGGUGAGGGCUGCUGUGAGGGACACCCUGUCUUUGAAGGCUCAGCUGGGGAUGGAAACCAGGGGCUGAGCUGAGAGCUGACACCCUUCAAUGCUCACUGG